AUGCUACAAAUAAUCUUGAUUCUGGCAAUAGCUGCAGUGACGUUUUACCUGCUACUCAGGAAGCCACCCGGUCUUCCACACGGGCCACCAGGAUGGCCAAUCAUCGGCAGUUUAUUCAAUCUCGGCACAGAGUCUCAUGUCACCCUUACGAACUUGGCAAGUACAUACGGUAACGUUUAUAGCAUACAGUUGGGACUUCAAUAUUGUGUUGUUUUGUGUGGAUAUGAUGUCAUCAAGGAAGCAUUUGUACAGAAAGGGGAACACUUUGCUGGUCGGCCAAGUCCUGGAAUGAUAACAAAAGUUCUCAAAAAAGCAGGCUACAUAUUCCAGGAUUAUGGUCCAGUAUGGAAAGAACAGAGAAAAUUUGCCCUGUCAGCGUUCCGUAGUUUUGGCGUGGGCAAAAAAAGUCUGGAAGCCAAGAUCCAUAUGGAAAUUGACCACCUUGUAGAUUACAUCGCAAAAGAAAAUGGCCACCCGCUUGAUGUCAGUCACGUGAUUAACAACGCAGCUUCCAACAUCAUAUGCUCCAUAAGUUUUGGGACUCGCUACGAAUACUCCGAUGAGGUCUUCCAUUAUUUGCUUCAUAUCAUCAAUGAACAAUUCCGCAUCGACUCUGGCACUUUCGUUGGAAAUUUUUUGCCAUUUCUUAUCGAUCUCCCGUUCAUGUAUCGAGAAUAUAAACAAAUAAAUGCAGAAAUACACAAAUUUAUUUUUGGUAAGAUUGAGGAGCAUCGCGCGACCUUUGACCCUGACAAUAUGCGCGAUUUUAUCGACAUGUAUUUGUCUGAGAUGGAGAGACAACACCGGAUGGACGCCAAGAUCAAGUUCACGGACUUCUUAUUGUAUCGAAGUAUUCGCGAUCUCUUUGUUGCUGGCACUGAAACCACCACCACUACGUUGCUAUGGGGACUGUUGUAUAUGGUAACGUACCCUGACAUUCAGAAAAAGAUUCAUGCAGAACUUGAUGACAAUGUCGGACAUGAUCGUCUACCAUGCCUGGAGGAUAAACGUAAGCUGCCUUAUUUGGAAGCCACCAUCAUGGAAAUUCAACGUAUGGCAAAUGUUGCGGCACUGUCACGUCAUUGCACUACACGGGACACAGAAUUCCAUGAUUACGUGAUACCACAGGGGACGUUGGUCUAUUUGAAUAUCUGGUCUGCCCACUUCGACCAAAAACACUGGAAAGAACCUUAUAAAUUCCAACCAGAAAGAUUUAUUGGAGACGACGGAAAAGUUGUUAAACAAGACGCUUUUAUACCGUUUGGAACAGGCCGGCGUAUCUGCCUCGGUGAACAACUCGCCAAGAUGGAGCUGUUUCUCUUUUUUUCAGCACUUUUACAGCAGUUUAAGUUUACGAUACCAGAAGGUGGACCAACUCCAAGUUUAAAAGCAAGAGUGGGAAUCACUUUAACACCACAUCCAUUUAAUAUAUGUGCCAUUAGGAGAUGA